AAAUCUAUUACAUUUAUUGAGGUAAACUGUAUUGUCAGGAAUAAUGGGAAACGAACACUCAUUACCUCAAAACCUUGCCUUGACUACUCAGUUCAGUGAAGAAGAGUUGAGACGGUUAGGAAAGCGUUUUAAGAAGCUAGAUAUUGAUAAGAACGGCACGAUAUCUAUUGAGGAGUUUAUGUCCCUACCUGAAUUGCAGCAGAACCCGCUAGUACGCAGAGUCAUUGACUUGUUUGAUACUGAUCGUAAUGGUGAAAUCGAUUUUAAAGAAUUUGUCCAAGGUUUAUCUCAAUUUACAGUGAAGGGUGCAGAUAAGGAAUCAAAGCUUAAAUUUGCAUUUAAAGUAUAUGAUAUCGACCAAGAUGGUUACAUCAGCAACGGGGAAUUAUUCCAGGUGUUAAAGAUGAUGGUGGGUACGAACCUAAAGGACGUUCAGCUACAACAGAUAGUUGACAAGACUAUAUUGAUAGCAGAUACCGAUGGGGACGGCAAUAGAAAUAACCUUCGAAGGAGUUUCAGCGAUGGUCGGAAACGAACAAAGAUUUCCAUUAAAAAGGUGGUGGUUGGGCCUUUUAAAGCAGGAUGGGGGUUUUUUCCCGGGUUUUUAGGGCUUUUAAAAACGUGACUUUUUCGUGGUCAAAGUGGGGCUUAGGAAAUUUGUUUCGGGGAAAAUUAGAGCGGGUAAGAUUUCCGGGGGGGUUUUUAAACGCGCGGCGGGUUUCCCCGUUUUCUUAAAACUCCCGGGCGCCGCGCGCCCCAGAAUGUACCAAAUCUGAAUCAGUGUUCUAGGUUUUUCUCUCAACGUAUGAAUUGUGUUUUUUGCUGUUAUUUUGGCUAUCAUUUCUUGUUGAAGCUGCUGAUCCCUUGUGCAGGGCCGAAUUAGGGAUUUUAAAGUCAACAGUUAAAAUUUGCCAGAUAAAAAAGGGGGGGGCUUUGUCUGUGCGGAAAACAGGGGCAGUUAUUGUAAAAUGAAAACACCAAAAGCAAAUUUAAACUUAAUUUUUUAAAGGCAUUGUCAAGUGUUAAAAUAGGCCGGGGGAGCAUCCCCCGGGUUUAAAGGGCAAGUUUGUUUAAAGAAUUUAAAUUUUCAAAAAUUUUAUCAUCAUUUUGGGCUUUAUUAACAAAAUUUAAAUUCGAUAGAACCGUCAAAUUCAUUUUCGCACAUCUUUUUUUUUAAGCCGAUUUUUUUUUGGGAAAGUUUAAAAAAUUUUAAUAUGAUCACACCCAAAUUUGGUUAAAUUUGGGUUUCCCAAAAAUUUGAAAAUAGGUUUUUUGAAAGGGAAAAAACUGUAAUUUAAUUUAUUUUUGAAAAGACCCAAUUUUUGUUUUUAAUGUCUAAAUUUGGGGUCUUAAUUUUUUAUGGGGUUUUAGUGUUUCUUUAAAUUUUUGAAAUUUAUAUCCUUUUGUGCCUUGUUAAUUAAACCUAAUUUUUAAUUUCCCCCAUUAGGUAAAUUAAGGUUGGUUUGCUCCCCUGCCCCGGGGUUGGAAUUU